ACUUUUGUUAAAUUAUCCUUAAACGAACACUUUAUCUAUUAUUUAAUUCCAAUUAAUAUGGAUCCUACAAUUUUAUACAUGAAAUGUUUUAAUCAAUUAAACUUUUCUGCCUACAAGUGUAAUAUGUUAGAUCAAUUAGCUCAUCCUCCAAGGUAACCUAUUAGAAGCAUUAAACUGCGGUAGGAUAUAUCAUACUACCUGAUUUUGCUUACGUACCAUCUGGAUAUUGGCUAUCUGCAGAAUUAUUCACUUGUUUGAAGUCCUGUUAUCUUCUUUAUUCUGAUCUCACAAAUUAAUGAAACCAAAGAUAUGCCAUCGCAUAAAUGAGUAAAUAAAGACGUUUUAUAUCAAACAUUCCAUAUUCUUCACGAUGGGAGGGAACUCGUCUAAAGAAUAUAAAAAUCGCAACAAGUACACCAAGGAAUGCCUAAAAAAGUUUGAUCCGUAUGAGCUGGCAGUCUUACAAAAGAUUUUCAAGGAGCUUGCGAAUAGGUCAAUAUCGAAUGGUAUCGAUAAAGGAACAUUCCUUCAGUACUUCAACCUCCCUGGGCUUUGGGGUGAGCAGUUAUUUAGGAAAUUUGAUAUAAAUGACUCUGGAUUUGUGGAGUUGGAUGAAUUCUUGACAGGUAUAGCCAUAACCUGCAGAGGAACCAGAUCAGAGAAGAUUUACGUGUUGUUUAAAAUCCUUGAUUUGAACAACGAUGACUACAUACAAAAAUCGGAACUAGUUACUAUGUUAUCUAAUUUCCCCAGUUUGAUAAGUUUCUUGUCAAAGCCAUCAGAGAGCGAUGAACUUUAUUUUAGGGGAGGAGAGCAUGAUAAAAAUAUGGAUAUUGAUCGCACUUUUUUAAAUACAAAUGAACAACUACGAGAAUUGGGUGCCAACUGCAAUUUAGACAAGCCCAAAGAUAUGUUCAACAAAAGGGCUGAAUUUAACCCUAAUAUAAAUCCAAAUUGUUUGAAUGAUCAACAACAUUCUAUACCGAUGCAUAAUAUUGCAUUUUCUCUUUCAAAAUGUUCAUUUCCUUCUUCAACAUCAAAUCAAUCAGUUAUUAAAUCUAUUGAGAUGAUUUAUCGCAAUCAGAACACAUUUUCUAGAUUCAAUUCAACUGAAACUUUCAAUGCUGCUACAGAUUUCACAAAGAUACGAAAUUAUGUUCGAACCUUAUCUGAUAAUCCGGUAACCUAUAGGGAAAGGAAUGGGAAACAUACACUACAGCAAUCAGAAUGCGAUGCGUCACAUUUGAAUACAAGUAGUCACCUUAACUCUUCAUUAGGACAGAAUUCUACAAAAUCUUGUAACGAAUUAAAGCGUGGUUAUGGUUCCAAGCCUAAAAUGAAAAUGAAAACUCCGGAGGAAAGGGCAAGGGAGAAAUACGAAUUUUACACUAGGUCUAGAUCAGAGAGCCCUUGUACUCCAACUUCUUUACGCAGAUCCUCUUCAUCUAUUUCUAUCAAAGCUAGUAAAAAUAAUAUAAGCUCCAAUGCAUCAUCCUAUGACAGUUGGUCAGAUAGUGAUUCUGCUGAAAAUAUAGUAUAUGAUAACAAGAACAUCUUAAAGCUGGAUGACCCAGCCCUUAUAUUAGUUAAAUCGAUUAUUGAUGACAAUGAUGAACAAGAAAACUUGGAACAUUCUAACCUUAAUCUGGAUAUUCUUGUGGAACAAAUUUUUGAAGAGUGUGAUUUCAACGAAUCUGGUCACCUGAGUUUUUUAAAAUUCAAAGCAUGGUUAGAGAAAAAUGAUUCCAUCCUUACCAUGUUUUCUCAAUUUUUACAUGAGGAAGUUUGGGGAUUGCAAGGAAAUGCUUUUUUCAGAAAUGAAUAUAUAACGGAUUCAUCACCGAUAUUGAGGGAUGUUAGUAAAUUUGAGAUUAUGCCAAACGACCAAAAGUCCACGAGUAAAGGCUCGUCUAGAAAAGAUGAAUUGGAUGAUAUUACCAAGCGCACUAUAUAUCGUAUGUUUUUAGUAAAGGGUAAACAUGCUUUCAAUUUUACAUCGCAAGGUCACAAUUCGGAGGGUUUAGUUAGUGAAGAACUUGUUGAACAUAUGAAGGCUAUUAAUACUAACUUAACCUCCAGAUUUACUAGUGAGACGAAUGUUUCUACCCCAAAUGAAUCACAGGACAAUUUGAAUAGAACUGUCUACGAAUUGUAUUCAUGCCCAAACUGCAAAACUCCAUUUCUAAUGUGCCCUGUUUGUUAUAAAAGAUAUAGAGGUUUAUCACUACAUAUAGAAUCGUCAUCCAUAUAUAUAAAGUGUUCUAAUUGCCACAAUAGUGAUAAUGACAUAUUUGAGACUUGUUGGAUAUGUAAUUGGGAAUUUAAAGAGAUUUUUCUCAAUGAGUUUUUCCGAAAGGCAAGCCAAUUGGGUUCUAACAAUAUAGUAAGGAAUUCGAGCAUUGCGACAUUAAGUUCGCCAGAUUCAAGUACACCUAAGAAUGGAAGUGAAAUGACUACUAGUAGAAGUGUAUUGACCCAUGGAAGACUUUUAUCAAACUCUAUUGAACCCGGACAUAUCAAUAUUAGCAAACCCACUAAAUCCGGUAUCAUGUACAAAAUCGGCAAGACAUUGCACCAGUGGAGAACCAGAUAUUACGUUCUCAUUGGAAAUAUACUUUAUUAUUAUCGGGACAAGUCUAGUACACGUCCAAAGGGAUGUAUAUUUUUAGAAGGGUGCUAUUUAGAUUCUCUGAGAAAGCGUCAAAUAGGAAACAAGUUUGGUUUUUGUAUAUGUUACAAGGGGAACAAAUUUUCAAAGAGGGAUUUUUAUGUAGAUUCAAUGGAGCAGUUUUUGGAGUGGAUUGACGUUUUGUCUCAGGCUAUGAAGCAACAGAGUCUGACAAACAUGUACGAGUUGCGUGAACAAAUUGGCCAAGGCAAAUUUAGCAUAGUUUAUAGAGCUAUUUAUAAGGAAACUGGUGAAGAAUAUGCAAUUAAGAUUAUAGAUAAAACUCGAAUAACUGCUCAGGAAAGGGAAUUGUUGAGAAGUGAAAUAUCAAUUUUAAAAUUGUUGAAGCAUAUUCAUGUGAUUUAUCUUAAGGAUAUCAUUGAUAUGAAGGAUUCACUAUAUAUAGUAAUGGAAUUGGUUCGGGGUGGUGAGCUCUAUGACUUAAUUCACACAGAACACCGUUUAACUGAGGAACAUACUCACAAAAUUAUAACUCAGCUUCUACAUACUGUUGCGUAUUUGCACAAAUGUGGCAUAAUGCAUCGUGACUUAAAGCCAGAGAAUUUGCUUUUAACGGAUAAGACAGAGUGUGCAACUAUAAAACUAACCGAUUUUGGUUUAUCUACACUAUGUGGACCGAAUGAUGUGUUAACACAACCAUGUGGUACAUUGGCAUAUGUCGCACCAGAAGUUUUGACAAUGCAAGGAUACAAUCAAAAGGCAGAUGUGUGGUCUAUUGGUGUGAUUAUGUACCUUCUUAUCCGUGGAAGGCUCCCGUUUGCUGUGAAAAAGUCGCAGACAAGUCAUGUUUGGGACCAUUAUCGUCUCACAUUUGAUGGUCAACUUUGGCAUACGAUUUCAUCUUCUGCAAAAGAUUUGAUCAAGAAACUCUUGGAGAUUGAUCCUUCAAAAAGAAUAUCAGUGUUUGAAGCUCUGGACCACAUUUGGAUAAAGAAUUUUGUGGCUGUAAAUAAGGACACAGUAAAUGCUACAAACUAUAACAGCUCUGGAGACACUGAUGAUCUGUUCCUUUCCCUCAGAAACACUACCGACACAACGUUUGUAAUCCCCUAUUCGGAGAGUUGUGAUAGGAAUAUUAAUGCUUUGAAGAGUGAAGCUGAUCUCGCUAAUGAUAACAUUGCAUUUUCUAGGGAUACGUCAACGAAGAAGCCUGAUUUAUCACCAUCAGGGAAACUUUCAACCGUGCAAGAAUAA